ACGGGCUGUAGCAACGGCUGUAAAUUGCAAUCGAUUACGAAUGUAUUUACUAUUUACGUGACGACUGACGGUCAAUAGGUCGUUUUGUAGGAAGUGAACCACGAAGUAGGUAUUGUCUAUUAAUGGAUUGUACGCGGCACACUCGCAGCAGCUGCUCGUCCGCUAAGGUCCUUUCGCGCGAUAAGAUCGUCUGAUAGCAAACGGUUUCGACGCAUCCUAUUGGUCCAACCGCGCGUUUCCUCUUCGUCGUCCGUCAACAACUUCUGGAAACGGUGGUCACUGGUCAGACGUCCAAACUACUCAAAACCGUCCGUCAAUAGACGACAAUCAAUCGAUAAAGUAAUAUCUCUACUUAGAUCGUAUUAACUCGUUAAGCCGCCGCCGCCGUCGCAAAUCAUGGCCCGCGUUUUGGUCGGCGUUAAGCGCGUAAUCGAUUAUGCGGUGAAGAUCCGCGUCAAGCCGGACAAGUCUGGUGUCGUCACCGACGGCGUCAAGCACGGCCUGAACCCGUUCGACGAGAUCGCCGUCGAGGAGGCCGUCCGCCUCAAGGAGAAGAAGAUCGCUUCCGAGGUGAUCGCCGUGUCAUGCGGCAUACCCCAGGCCCAGGAGUCGCUGCGCACCGCUCUCGCGAUGGGAGCAGACCGCGCCGUCCAUGUCGAGGUGCCGCAGGCUCAGUACGACACUCUGCUGCCGCUGCACGUGUCCAAGAUCCUGGCCAAGGUGGCAGUGGACGAGAAGAUAGACAUCGUCAUCGUUGGCAAGCAGGCCAUCGACGACGAUUCCAACCAGACGGCCCAGAUGACGGCGGCAAUAUUGGGCUGGCCGCAGGCCACGUUCGCUUCUGAGGUGACCGUAGCGGACGGCAAUGUGCUGGUGAAGCGCGAGGUGGACGGUGGCUUGGAGACAGUCAAAGUCAAGUUGCCAGCAGUUAUCAGUGCCGACCUGCGGCUCAAUGAACCACGGUAUGCCACGUUGCCAAACAUCAUGAAGGCGAAAAAGAAGCCCAUCAAAAAGCUCACGGCUGCAGAUGUUGGCGUGGACUUAGCGCCUCGUCAACAAGUGUUGAGCAUAGAAGACCCGCCUACCAGACAGGCUGGUUCCGUUGUGCCUGACGUUGACACUCUCAUUACAAAGUUGAAAGAAAAGGGUCAUUUGUAAUGUGAUGUUGACAAUACUGUUGUUUUAGUUGUUACAAAUUUUUUCUGAGGUUUUCGGCUGUUACAAAUAAUAUAUUUUUUUAAAUCGAUUAUAUUUUUCUUGUAAUUUAAAAGAUAAAAUACCACAAACAUUAUUGUAACGGCAGUCUUUUUUUUUACAUUUUGGAGAAUUCAUCAACUUAUGUCAUAAUUAUUUUUAUCAAUUUAUUGUUAUUUGUUAGUAAUAUAAUAUAUAUUUACUCAUUAUA